AUGCAAGGCGCGGGAUCGGGGACUCCCAAGCGGGAAUCUGGAAAGGGUUUGACGGACCGCAUGAUUUGCCUCGCGGUGACCUUAGGGGUGGUGCUGGCGGUGGUGGUGUUUACCGUUCAACGGUCACUAGAGGAGCAAUCCGCUGCUGCUAUUGUCGAAUCCCAGCCUGGGUUCCCUCCCCUCUCUCCAGACCCAGAAGAACGAGAAGAGCAGAUCCACGAGCAAACCGAAUCUGCCCGGAAAAAAAUCGAGGAGCUGCAAGCGACCAUAAAAGUUAUGGAAAGAUCGCGAGAUGAGACGAAGGAACAAUUGAAUCUUCUUCUCUCUCAGGCGCAAACUAAGGGAGGAGGGGCGGGGUCAUCAAGUGACGGUUCUUCAGGCAUCAGGGUGAUUGAAGGCACAGGAACGCCGGACCAGCCGAGUGCGUUCAAGCAGGUUCGGGCCGGACCUGCCGGAAAAGUUCGGUUUCCCCGAACCAACCCACCGAUUGUUCCGAGUUCGGAGGGGGUCGAUCCAGCCUUGGAGUCCCUUCUGCUCAAAAUAGCUUCGGAAAAGGAGAUAUUAGUCACGAUUGCUGCAGCCGAAGUUCAGAAUUUUAUGGAGAUUUGGAUAAAGCAAGUGGUGAGAGUUGGAAUUACCAAUGCUCUCGUCAUCUGCCUGGAUCCUGCUACCGAAGCAGCUUGUAACGCAGCCUCGGCAAACCAGGUCGCCUGCUACCUCGUCCCGAACCUCCCCGCCGCGUUCGCCCCCCCGCAAGCCUCGGCAAACGAGAGUCCGAACCAGCGCACAGCCUCAGUAAUCGACAGCCUCAACGGCGCCAAAUUCUACGUUCUACGAGACGCUCUCGCCCUCGGAUACUCCAUCCUUGUCUCGGACCUCGAUGUUACCAUUCUCCGUAACCCAUUCUCCUCGGGAGAGCUGGUUAGAGACUGCGACGUAGAGGCGAUGAGCGUGGGCCACGAUCAAGCAUCUGCGUACGGCUACAACGAUGUAACGGACGAUCCGUCAAUGGGGUGGGCGAGAUACGCCCACACCAUGCGGGUAUUCGCCAUGGAUUCUGGCUUCUUUCUGGUCCGCCCUACAGCUCCCUCUUUGGAGCUCUUUGAUCGGGUGGCGGCUCGGCUGGGAGCGGCGGCGAGAGGAGGGGGUGGGAUUUCGGGGCUGGUGAGCCCUCUCGUGGUAUUCAAUGAGGAGAUGUUUUACCCUUCACGGCCGGACUACAAGGGAGUGUUCAUCUCCCGCCGUGUGCUGGACAUCCAUCGCUUCAUUAACUCAAAGGUACUAUUCAAGGAGCUCAAGCGGGAUUAUGGCAGGCUGCAGUCUUUGGUGGGGUCAGCAGUGGCUGUGCAUGUCAAUUACCACGUCGAUAAGCUUAUGUGCUUAUCAGCCGUCACCUCGUUCUUCAUGGACCGGGAGCGAGCUGCAUUUGACUCAUUAUCCUUGGCCUCCUCCUGA